UCGAUGGAAUCCCAAGAGCACUGUUAUCAUCAUGUCACAUACAUACGCAACCCCCGCUUCAAUCAUUACGAUCUCUAUUCUCUUUCCUGUCUUGGGCACUUUAACGGCGAUCCUGCGCUUCUAUACCAGAAGGAAGACAAAAUCUGUGUUGUGGAUUGACGACUGAUUGACUCUGCCUGCACUGGGACUGGAAUAUGUACUCGCCACCCUGAUGCAAUGGGGAGCAACAACAGGAUCCUUAGGGGGUCGUCUUCCUCAACCCGAUGACCCACGCCCAGAUGCUUACAUCUUCUCGAACUCUGAUCAACAAAUCAGGCUCUUACAGAUCCAAUAUGUCGCUGACAUAGUGACAGUCUGGGCAGUUGGUUUUGCAAAACUCAGCAUUCUCUAUUUCUAUCGCAGCAUCUUCUGCAGUAGACGGACCAUUCGCACUGCCUUCCACUCUGUGACCAUGUGCAUGAUAGUGCUCGUCUCAGUUUGGACUGUAGUCUUUGGCAUUGGUUUAAUCUUCAUCUGCGGUGCCCAUCCCGUGGACGCCUGGGGGACUCUUGCGGUUGUUACAACCGAAUGUAGUCUACAGGUCCCGAUUGUUGAGGGAUAUGCCAUUUCUGACUUCAUUAUGGAUGUGAUUAUAUGGCUACUACCCCUGCCACGGAUAUGGAUGUUGAACAUUUCCGUUCGCCAGAGAAUGGCACUUGGGCUCAUAUUCCUCGUUGGUCUCUUGGCAAUCGCAGCUUCUGCAACACGAAUGGCUAUCUACAUCGCACAUCUCAUCAAUCCCUUCGCCCAAUCAGAUGGAGAAACACUCGUCAAAUACCUCCUGUUCUGGACCAUGAUCGAAUGCGGUCUCGGUGUCAUCGUUAUCUGCCUCCCUUCCUUACGGCCAUUGUACAGAAAACGCGAGUUGAACUCUCUCAACAUCAGUUUUAAGAAAUACCUGUACCGAAAUCCCCAGUCUACGACAUCGAGCGCUAUACGAAUCAAUAGCCUAAACGGCUCGGCAAAUUCUAAAUCGUUUAAUGCAAACCUUGUUAGACCAUGGCAUUCCGGGCCAACAACAUCUAUUGCAGCUGGGCGCAACGCUUCGAUGGCCCAACCUCCGUCAAACACAGAGCAAAAAAUUCACGUCACGCGGGAAAUAGAGCUAACUAGGCUAGGCUCGAGCUAAUGCACGGUGACUUGGCUAGGAAGCAGUAGGCAGCACAGCCCUGGUCAGUUUGAUCGCUAUUAGUACCUUUCCAGUCCUAGGUGACGGGCCAAUAAAUGUCGAUGGGAUCAGCCUUUAGAGUUGAAAUAACCCUGAACAACAUGCAUAAGUAGGCUCACCGUAUGACAGUGUCUUACCUUCUGACCAGC